GCUGCGGGGACCCGGGUGCCUGAGGGCGGGGCUGCCGGGCAGCGUGGGGCGGUGUGGCGCAGCGUACUUAGCUGGCUUUGCAGCGGGUGAGCCGGUGAGCCAGGCCGAUGGCGGUGACUACAGCCUUGUCUGCUGCUGCAGCGGCUGCGGCCCUAUCAGGCCUGGCAAUGCGACUGUCGCGUUGGGCGGCGACACGCGGCUCCUACAGCGCCUUCUGCAAGGGGCUCACGCGCACGCUGCUCACCUUCUUCGACCUGGCCUGGCGGCUGCGCGUGAACUUCCCUUACUUCUACAUGGUGGCCUCGGUGAUGCUCAAUGUCCGCCUGCAGGUGCGGAUCGAGUGAGCCAUCGCCCGGCACCGCGGCGGCCCCUCGGGCGGAGAGCGCCAUCCGCGCCACCCGCGCCAGGCGGCCGCGGGAAGGACCGUGGGGCCCCGCAGUGCCCAGAGACCGCGGCGGGGGGCGCAGGCGGGACGGCCCGGACCCCUCCAUUUUAGGCCUCCUCCGCGGAGGGCCCCAGGUACCAUAUCCCAUACCGCAAAAACCUUCACAGCCGAGUCCUUUUCCACUGCAUCCAGAGAAUCACCAGAGUCUGGCAAACCUGUUGCCUCCCAUUGGCCAGAAAGGGGGAACACUCGAAAGAGGGGAUGCUACCGCAGGAUUUACCAGGCCCUGUGCAGGAAGGCUCCCUGCAGCACCUG